AUGGCUGGGGCAAUUAUAGAAAACAUGAGCACCAAGAAGCUGUGCAUUGUUGGUGGGAUUCUGCUUGUGUUCCAAAUCAUCGCCUUUCUGGUGGGAGGCUUGAUUGCUCCAGGACCCACAACGGCAGUAUCCUACAUGUCAGUGAAAUGCGUGGAUGUUCGUAAAAACCAUCACAAGGCAAAAUGGUUAAUGCCUUGGGGACCCAACCAAUGUGACAAGAUCCGAGACAUCGAGGAAGCGAUUCCAAGGGAAAUUGAAGCCAAUGACAUUGUGUUUUCUGUCCACAUCCCCCUCCCUUCCAUGGAGAUGAGUCCUUGGUUCCAGUUCAUGCUAUUUAUCCUGCAGCUGGACAUUGCAUUCAAGCUGAACAACCAAAUCAGAGAAAAUGCAGAAGUUUCCAUGGAUGUUUCUCUGGCUUACCGUGAUGAUAUGUUUGCUGAGUGGACUGAGAUGGCCCAUGAGAGAGUGCCCCGGAAACUCAAAUGUACCUUCACCUCCCCCAAGACCCUAGAACAUGAGGGCCGUUACUAUGAAUGUGAUGUCCUUCCUUUCAUGGAAAUUGGGUCCGUGGCUCAUAAGUAUUAUCUUCUAAAUAUCCGGCUGCCUGUGAAUGAGAAGAAGAAAAUCAACGUUGGGAUUGGAGAGAUAAAGGAUAUUCGGCUGGUGGGAAUUCACCAAAAUGGAGGCUUCACCAAGGUGUGGUUUGCCAUGAAGACCUUCCUUACACCCAGCAUCUUCAUCAUUAUGGUGUGGUAUUGGAGGAGGAUCACCAUGAUGUCUCGACCCCCAGUGCUCCUGGAAAAAGUCAUCUUUGCCCUUGGGAUUUCCAUGACGUUUAUCAACAUCCCAGUGGAGUGGUUUUCCAUUGGGUUUGACUGGACCUGGAUGCUGUUGUUUGGUGAUAUCCGACAGGGCAUCUUUUAUGCGAUGCUUCUCUCCUUCUGGAUCAUCUUCUGUGGUGAGCACAUGAUGGACCAGCAUGAGCGGAAUCACAUAGCAGGAUAUUGGAAGCAAGUCGGACCAAUUGCUGUUGGCUCUUUCUGCCUUUUCAUAUUUGACAUGUGUGAGAGAGGGGUACAACUCACGAAUCCCUUCUACAGUAUCUGGACUACAGAUGUCGGAACAGAACUGGCUAUGGCCUUCAUCAUAGUGGCUGGGAUCUGCCUCUGCCUCUACUUCCUGUUUCUGUGCUUCAUGGUCUUUCAGGUUUUUCGGAACAUCAGCGGGAAGCAGUCUAGCCUGCCAGCCAUGAGCAAAGUCCGGAGGCUCCACUAUGAGGGGCUAAUUUUCAGGUUCAAGUUCCUCAUGCUCAUCACCUUGGCCUGUGCUGCCAUGACUGUCAUCUUCUUCAUUGUUAGUCAGGUGACUGAAGGCCAUUGGAAGUGGGGCGGCGUCACGGUCCAAGUGAACAGUGCCUUUUUCACGGGCAUCUAUGGCAUGUGGAACCUGUAUGUCUUUGCUUUGAUGUUCUUGUAUGCGCCAUCCCAUAAGAACUAUGGGGAAGACCAAUCCAAUGGUGAUCUGGGGGUGCACAGUGGGGAAGAACUCCAGCUCACCACCACUAUCACCCACGUGGACGGGCCCACUGAGAUCUACAAGUUGACCCGCAAGGAGGCCCAGGAGUAG